ACAAGCUUGAGGUGUCCGGUGACCAAGAUUCUCAGAGCUGGGUGCAGGGUGCGGCCCAGGGCGUGGUCACCAGGGGCUACUUAGAGCAGUCCUUGCGGGGCGACUGCACGGAGGAGGUUAGCUGCGAGGCUGCCGGGCACUCAGCACCGGUUAUGGCGUGGAUGCUGGACUGCCUUUUCGCAUCGGCCUUUGAGCCCCGCCCCCGCCGUGUGAGCGUCCUGGGAGGAGCCCCAGGACAGAACCCAGACAGCAAGAUGGACAUGGUAUCCAUUCACAGCCUCUCUGAGCUGGAGCGCCUGAAGCUGCAAGAGACUGCUUACCACGAACUCGUGGCCAGACAUUUCCUCUCUGAAUUCAAGCCGGACAGAGCUCUACCCACUGACCGUCCAAACACCUUGGAGAGGUGGAUUUUGAUGCUGAGAGGACAAGACAGGGCUGCAUCACUCAAGACUUUCGGCAUCCGCCUGGAAGAGGUACUGGUGAACGAGCUUACCCGCCGCAAGCAACGGGAACUGACAGCCACGAUGCAGGUUGAAGAUAUCAACGGUUCCACUGGUCCUCGUCGUCGGGGAAACGUGGUGCGAAGAAUGUUUGGACGCGUGAGGCGCUUUUUCAAUCGCAGGAGGAAUGAGCCCACCCUGCCCAGAGAGUUCACUCGCCGUGGGCGUCGAGGUGCAAUUUCUGUGGACAGCGCAGCUGAACUGGAGAAUGGAGCCCUGCUGCUGCACAUCCUGCAGCUCUCGGAGUUUUCAUUGCCUAUUGGGCAGCGACUUCUGGGAUCCAAAAGGAAGAUGAGCCUCAACCCAAUUGCUGAGCAAAUCCCUCAGAUUGUUGAGACUUGCUGCAAAUUCAUUGAGAAACAUGGCUUAAACUCCGUGGGGAUUUUCACCAUUGAGUACUCUCUGCGGAGGGUGCUUGAGCUCCGUGAGUUAUUUGACAGAGGCCUGGAUAUUGUGCUGGAUGACAGUGUGAAUGUCCAUGAUGUGGCCGAACUCCUCAAGGAGUUUUUUCGUGAGAUGAAGGACCCUCUGCUGCCUGAUGAUCUGUACAUGUCCUUCCUCCUGACUGCAACUCUGAAGCCCAAGGAUCAGGUUUCUGCCCUGCAGCUUCUGGUCUACCUGUUGCCACCUUGCCACAGUGAUACCCUUGAACGUCUGCUGAAGGCACUGCACAAAAUCACCGAGAACUGUGAAGACUCUAUUGGCAUUGAUGGACAGCUGGUUCCAGGUAACCGAAUGACUUCCACCAACUUGGCCCUGGUGUUUGGAACUACUCUCCUGAAGAAGGGGAAGUUGGCCAGUAAGGAAUCCAGGAAGACUAAACUGGGGAUUGAUCACUAUGUUGCAUCUGUCAAUGUGGUCCGUGCCAUGAUUGAUAACUGGGACGUCCUCUUCCAGAUACCACCCCAUAUUCAGAAGGAGGUUUCUAAGCGUGUGUUCAAGUCCAGCCCUGAAGCCCUGGAUUUUAUCAGACGCCGGAAACUGAGGAAGAUCCAGAGUGCUCGCAUAAAGAUGGAAGAGGAUGCUUUACUUUCUGAUCCAGUGGAAGACUCUGCUGAAGCCCAGGCUGCUGUCCUUGCUCAGAGCCAGCCCUUUGAUGAAGACCCUGAAGGAGCCCCAGAUGUGCAGGAUGACCUCGAAGAAAACCUGAACUAUGACUUUGAAGAUGAAUCGGAUUUUGAAGAUGAUGACCAUCUGGAUCUUGCAGAGGUUCCCUAUCUUGAUGUAGUUCCAAACAAUGAAGAUACCGACUCAGAUGCUGAUGAAAUCCCAGGUUCCACUGAGGAGCCCACUGUGCCUGCCAGCACUGCGGGUCCACGUGACAACAAGGAAGGAGUGGGUAACCCCCGCAAUGCAGGCCGCCGAUUUUUCCGUCUGCCCCGGGAGAAGAAGGGCAAAUCUGGCAUCCGCUUCUUUCCUUAGAUGUUUUCCCUUCUAUAAGAUGCCGGACAGGGGAAAAGGGUGGGGUAGAGCUGGAAUGUCACAGGAAACAGUAAAGAGUCUUGAAGACAAAGAACUAAGGAUAAGAAGGAGUUCCACCUGAUGCUCGGGUCAGGAUGGGAAUUCCAAAUACACUGCCAGCCCCAUUACUGGGGAUGAUUGGUAUCUUCAGCUGGUAAAGGCAGAGAUACUUCUGUGUCAUGCCCAGGCUCCCUGGUGCUACCUUGCCUUUUCUUUUAACCCUGAUCCAGGCUUUCUCUCACUACAGCAGCCCCUUCCUUUAAUUGAUGUUACAUUUGUGGUAAACAUCUGUCCCAGAGAAGCUCACAAAUCUCGAGGUGCAUUCCCUCUCCCCAAGGGGAUUGCAUGCUUCUCCUGACUUUCCUACCCCCCUCCCAAGAGCUCACUGGAAAGGCCCUCAAGAGGCAUGUUAGAACGUUAGGUUAGCCUACUGACAGCUGACAAAGAAUUAAUGCUAAAUUGUGUCACAUCAACUCAUAGCCUGUGUCCCCACAGCAAAUCCACCACCUCAGAAUUUUCCCCCUCAAAUUAUUUAGACCAAUGGCUUGUCAAACAGCCGCUACAAAAAAUUCUGUGCAGUUUUGCUCAGGACAUGCCAAUGGGGAGACCUCAAGUAUAAGCCUAACUAGCUUUUGGGGUCAAAAGUUAGAGAAAAAAUAGAUUUUAGUCCUGGACCUGUUUUAAAGACAGCUGGUGUUCACGCCCCUGUUGUCAGCAAAGCAACUAGUUAGGCACAGACACAUAGUUCCAAGUAGUUAAAAUCACCUGAUUACAAACACUCUUACUUGUUGUCCCUGUAGAUCCUCUAUGCAGGACAGUACAAAUUUGGUGGGACUUGCUCUGGCAAAACACAGAUAUGGGUUAUUAUGGCAUCCAAAUUAUAACUGAUAUUUAUGGAUAACAAGAGCUAAGGUCCUUAGAAUGAAGGAUGUAUUGUAUUGAGGGAUAGAAACUGUUCAUACAAUGGGUAACAACCACAGAGCUCGAAGAUUUGUGAUUGUUAAAACUUCUCUGGCGUUUCAUCAUUAAUAAACAUCUGUGUUGUGAUAGCAGCA